AUGGCUCAAGAAAUCAAGGUGAUGCUUUAUGGGCUAGGAGCCAUUGGAUCAUUCUAUGCUUUCAUUUUACAAAGAGACAGUCGUGUACGCUUGACAGUCGUGGCUCGAUCAAAUUACGAGGCUGUCCACAAAGAUGGCAUCCGUAUCACAAGUAUGAACCAUGGGAAACACCAUUUCAAACCAGUAAAAGUCGUGAGGACACCGGCCGAGGCUGGCGAGACGUAUGACUACAUUGUCCUUGCAAACAAAGCUAUCGAUCAAGAAUCCGUUCCUGAGCGAAUUGCGCCUGCCGUUGAUGAGAACAAAACGACUAUAGUGAUUGCACAGAAUGGAGUGGGCAACGAAGAUCCUUUCCGCGCCGCUUUCCCAAAGAACGUCAUUCUAAGCUGCGUGGUCUGGGUUGGCGCCGGCCAGAGUCAACCGGGUAUCAUUGAACAUAGAGCGUCAGAAAAUACCGAAAUCGGCAUAUUCCCCAACGAAGCCUUGGAGGCCACAUUCGAGAAAGCCAAGCUCGAUGAAUUCACCAGUCUCCUGUCAGCGGGUAAAACACCCUUCACGGUCGAAGAGAAUAUCCAGAUCCAGCGCUGGGAGAAAGUCGUAUGGAAUUGCGCUUGGAAUUCCUUGACCACCCUCACAAUGCUCGACACCCACGCAUGGUUGAAAUCUUCCGAUACCUCUACACCGAUGACUAGGACACUGAUGCGGGAAGUAAUCGACGUCGGCAGGAAAGCAGGUGUGCCACUCGAGUACAAGCUGAUCGAUACAUUGAUUGAUAGGAUCUUGGCUAUGACCACUAUCGGCAGCAGCAUGCAAGUCGACUGCAAAGCAGGGAGACAAAUGGAGGUUGAUAUUAUCUUGGGGACUCCGUACAAAAAGGGGAAACAACUCGGCGUCCCUACACCGACACUGGACGUUCUUUAUACGUUGCUGUUGGCGGUAAAUACGCGAAUGAAGGCCUAG